UCGCCGUGUCGGUGCCAAAGAAGAAACGAAGGAUGAAGGAGCUGAAUAAGAAGGAGGCAGUAGGCGAUUUGCUGGAUGCCUUUAAAGAGAUCAGUGACAGUGCCUCAGAGACGGAGAACAAGCCCCCCGCAUCCACCCCUGUCCGUGAAGUGGAGGACGCGGCCCCCGCCCGUCCACAGGAAGAGUCAGAGGAGACAUGGGAGGAGAAGGAGGACAAGCUGGCCCCAGAGAAGGGCACGGCUGCUGACCAGAAGUACCGCUACAAGGAAGAGCAAUGGAAGCCGCUGAACCCCGAGGAGAAGAAGCGAUAUGAUCGGGAGUUCCUGCUGGGCUUCCAGUUCAUCUUCGCCAGCAUGCAGAAACCUGAGGGGCUGCCUCAGAUCACGGACGUGGUACUGGACAAGGCCAACAAGACCCCACUGCGGGCACUCGACCCCGUCCGUCUCAGUGGCAUGAACUGCAGCCCUGACUUCACCCCCUCCUUCGCCAACCUCGGCCGGCCCGUCAUGGGCAACCGGGGCCUGCCCUCAGGAUUGGGUCCCCGCCGCUCCCAGCAGAGCCAAAGGAAGGAACCCCGCAAAAUCAUUGCCACUGUGUCCCUCAACGAGGAUGUCAAGCUGAACAAGGCCGAGAAGGCCUGGAAACCCAGCAGCAAGCGUGCCUCUGAGGAGGAGGAUCCUGAGAACAUCAAGACGCAGGAACUGCUCCGCCGCGUCCGCAGCAUCCUCAACAAGCUGACGCCCCAGAUGUUCCAGCAACUGAUGAAGCAGGUGAUGGAGUUGUCCAUCGACACGGAGGAGCGGCUCAAGGGUGUCAUUGACCUCGUCUUCGAGAAGGCCAUCUCGGAGCCAAACUUCUCUGUUGCCUAUGCUAACAUGUGCCGUUGCCUUAUGGGGCUCAAAGUGCCCACAACAGACAAGCCCACGGUGACUGUGAACUUCCGCAAGCUGCUGCUCAACCGCUGCCAGAAGGAGUUUGAGAAGGAUAAGGACGAUGAUGAGAUCUUUGAGAAGCGGCAGAAGGAGAUGGACGAUGCCAGUGCUCCCGAGGAGAAGGCGCGCAUGAAGGAUGAGCUGGAGGAGGCGCGGGACAAGGCGCGCCGACGAUCCCUGGGUAACAUCAAGUUCAUUGGAGAGCUCUUCAAGCUGAAGAUGUUGACGGAGGCCAUCAUGCAUGACUGCGUGGUGAAGCUGCUCAAAAACCAUGAUGAGGAGUCUCUUGAGUGCCUUUGCCGCCUGCUUACCACCAUUGGCAAGGACUUGGACUUUGAGAAGGCCAAGCCCAGAAUGGACCAGUACUUCAAUCAGAUGGAGAAGAUCAUCAAAGAGAAGAAGACGUCAUCCCGCAUCCGUUUCAUGCUGCAGGAUGUGAUUGACCUCAGACGGAAUAGCUGGGUGCCGCGGCGAGGAGACCAGGGUCCCAAAACCAUCGACCAGAUCCACAAGGAAGCAGAGAUGGAGGAGCAUCGGGAACACAUCAAAGUGCAGCAGCUCAUGUCAAAAGACAAGAGGAGAGGACCCCCCGGGCCGUCCUCCAGCAGUGAGUGCCUGGGCUUGGGAGCAUCUGAGGCUGCCAAGGGUGGGUGGCUCCCGCUGGGCACUGUUCGAAGCCAGGCUGCACCUUAUCCUGGAUCCAUCGACUCCAACAACCAGCUCUUUGCGCCAGGCGGGCGACUGAGCUGGGGAAAAGGCAGCAGCGGAGGGUCUGGUGCGAAGCCUGCAGAUUCAGCAUCUGAUUCAGGGCGACCAGCCACGAGCACCUUGAACCGCUUCUCAGCACUCCAGCAGUCAACCCCUGCCGAGAGCCUGGAGUCCCGCCGCGUGGUGCAGAGGAGCAGCUCCAGCCGCGACAGGUCAGAGAAGGCUGGCGACAGAGGGGACCGGGAGUCACGUUCAGAGAAGGGCAGUGAGCGCCUGGAGCGUCCUGACCGGGGGGAGCGGGCAGACAGGAACAGGUCUGCUGUCACCAAGAGGAGCUUCAGCAAAGAGACAGAGGACAGGAGCCGAGAACGGGAGAAGCAGGGUGGCUCCGAGGCCGUGCGCAAGGCUGCUAGCAUGACGGAGGAACGGGACAGGAGCCGAGAGACCAUUAAGCAAGAGCCAGCACCUCCCGCAGCGUCCUCCAAGCCCACCCUGUCGGAAGAGGAGCUGGAGAAGAAAUCCAAGGCGAUCAUAGAGGAAUACCUGCAUAUCAAUGACAUGAAGGAGGCCCUGCAGUGUGUGCAGGAGCUGGGCAGCCCCUCCUCGCUCUACAUCUUCGUGCAGAAUGGCAUUGAGUCCACGCUGGAGAGGAGCACCAUCUCCCGCGAGCACAUGGGGGUCCUACUGUGCCAGCUGGUGAAAGCGGGCACACUGUCCAAGGAGCAGUACUACAAAGGGCUGCGGGAGAUCCUGGAGGUCGCAGAAGACAUGGAGAUUGACAUCCCACACAUCUGGCUGUACCUGGCCGAGCUCAUAACCCCCAUCCUGCAAGAGGAAGGCAUCCCCAUGGAGGAGCUGUUCAGGGAGAUAACAAAGCCCCUGGUGCCCAUUGGGAAGGCCACCACACUGCUGGUUGAGGUGCUGGGCUUGUUGUGCAAAGGCAUGAGCCAGAAGACGGCAGGCAAGCUGUGGCGGGAUGGGGGCCUGAGCUGGAAAGAAUUCCUGCCUGAGGACCAGGAUGUCAACAAAUUUGUCACAGAGCAGAAACUGGAGUACACGAUGGGGGAUAGCUCGGACACGCCGAGCCGUAAGGAGCUUACCUCGGAGGAACUGUGCAAGCAACUGGACAAACUGCUGAAAGAGAACCCGAACAACCAAAGAAUAUACGACUGGAUUGAGGCCAACCUGAGCGAGCAGCAGGUCUCGUCCAACACGUUUAUCAGGGCCCUGAUGACGUCUGUGUGCCACUCGGCCAUCAUCUUCGAGAACCCCUACCGCGUGGACGCCCUGGUCAUCCGCAACCAAGCCAAGCUGCUGCAGAAGUACCUGCGGGAUGAGCAGAAGGAGCUCCAGGCGCUCUAUGCCCUGCAAGCCUUGGUGGUGAAGCUGGACCAGCCUCCCAACCUGCUGCGGAUGUUCUUUGAUGCCCUCUACGAUGAGGACGUCAUCAAGGAGGAGGCUUUCUACAAGUGGGAGUCCAGCAAGGACCCGGCCGAGCAGCAGGGCAAAGGGGUGGCUCUCAAAUCGGUGACGGCCUUUUUCACCUGG